AUGGACCCACCCUGCACUUCCGAGAGUAUUUAUAACCUCAUACCCAAUGACUCAAAGGAGCCGCCCCAGCCUCCUAGGUAUACAUCAGUGUUUAGACCAGCUGUAAAAGAUGACAUGAAGAAAUCCAAAACUGCAAUGAAAACUAUGGGGCCCGCGAAAGUUGACGUACCUUCCCCGAAGGAUUUUCUAAAGAAACAUUCAAAGGAAAAACCGCUACCACCUAAAAAAAAGUUUAAUAGAUGUGCUCCCAAGAAGCCUCCAGUGCCCUUGAGGACCGAUCAUCCAAUCAUGGGAAUACAGAGUGGAAAAAACUUCAUAAACACAAAUGCAGCUGACGUCAUCAUGGGCGUGGCCAAAAAGCCCAAGCCAAUUUAUGUUGACAAAAGAACUGGAGACAAGCAUGAUCUUGAGACUUCAGGACUAUUCCCCAAAUACAUCAACAAAAAGGAUUACGGUGUCACGCCUGAGUACAUAUGCAAGCGGAAUGAGGAUGUCAAGAAAGCGCAGGAAGAGUAUGAUAACUACAUCCAGGAGAACCUUAGGAAAGCGGCAAUGAAGAGACUUUCUGAUGAGGAGAGGGAGGCCAUUCUGCAGGGGCUGAAGAAGAACUGGGAAGAGGUGCACAAAGAGUUCCAGUCCCUCUCAGUCUUCAUAGAUUCCAUCCCGAAGAAGAUUCGCAAGCAGAAGCUGGAAGAAGAGAUGAAGCAGCUGGAACACGACAUCAGCGUCAUCGAGAAGCACAAGAUCAUCUACAUUGCCAACAAGUGA